GUCCAGAUCGAUACUGUGAAGAGGGAGAAAAGCUGCCAAGAUCGGAGAGAAGCUUGCAUAGCACAGUGGGAGAGUGGUAGUCAUUGGUCGAGGAGACCUUUAAGCGAGAAAGAGGAAGAACGUCGGUCCGAGGAGAAAUCUAGAGAAGCAAACUUCGAGGAAUCAGAGUUUGUGGUUUCGAGGUUGCAGCAAAUCAAAGUCUGAAGCACAGGGAAGCAGAACCUUAGCAAAGAAAAACUCGGGUUUGAAAGGGACUGGACGGAGGAAGAGCUUCGAAGCUGGCGACGUGCUCUGGGUUCGGAACCCUCUUUCGGCUAUAUAGGGAAAUUUGAAAAGCAGGAAGAGGGAGAGAGUGCGGACUUUGGGUUUGCGAGAGGAAAAAUCUGAAAACAAAGGGGAUUGGGGAGGGAGAGAAGUGAGAGAGCGAACGGGGAGGGAGAAGGGAGGAGUAAGCGGAAAGGAGUUUGAAAAGGAGUGAAAUUAGAGGGUGAUUUGGGGAGAGCAAGCCGAGGAAGAUAAAAAGAGAGGGAGAGAAAUUCGUGUGUGGGGAAAGCUAGGGCCUCGGGUUAGAGAAACUGAGGGAGAUUGAAGAGUGGAAAAAGCAGAAAGAAGGACACCUGGCUUCGUGGUGAUUUGCAGAAAAAGGAAGUUGAAAUGAGCUCGGCAACAUCCAAAAAGAAGGGAACUCCUCAGAUUGUUACAUUGGAUAAAGCAUUGAAACUGGCUGAACAAUGGGUUAAUAGCAUGACUUCUGCAGAGGAUGAACCUACGAGUGUAGAAUCAGAGGGCAGACCUCCAAGGCUUGGACUAGGUGCAAAAGUAUCACGUCAAUUCAAAUUCCGUCCUUCAAAUGAUCCAGUUGAAAGGAAAUUACAUGCCAAGUUGGAUUCUAGGAAAAGAAAGGCUGCCAAAUAUACAGAGGAGUCCAGCCCAGCAGCUAGAGACGAAUGCCUUGACGAUGAUGUUGAUGAGGAGGAUUUGGAAAGCAGAAGUAGUGUGUUUGCCAAGAGGAGAGCAGAUCGUAAGGCUUCAUCUUUACAAACAAACAAUAAACAGAAGAAGUAGUAACUUCUAGCCUUUUGAUUGUAAACAUCCUUAUUAUUUUCUUCAUGUAAACCUGAUAGGUUUCCAUUUUCAGGCAACAGAGAAAUACCCUUUUUUGUCUACUUCGCGCUUUACGUUCAAUAAAUAUGGUAGUGAAUGAAUA